AUGGAAUCCGUUAAUUCAAUACCAUCAACAUUUGACCAGCAACAGUAUCCUGUAGCAAUCACAAAUGGAAUUAAUCAAAAUGGUCAUGAUUAUGAUGAAGAUGAACAUAAUAAUAUUCAUGCAACAAAUGGAUUACAAGAACAAGAUAUACACGAAAAAAAACUAAUUCAGGAUCGAACGGUUGAAAUUGAUCCAUUGGAUGCACGUGAAAUACAAGUAUUAGAAACAGCUGAAGAUAUUCAGGCACGACGUGAUCAAGUUUUAACACGUUUUCAAAAUUUUAAAGAGGCUGCAAAAUAUCGUCGUGAAAAAUUAGAAGAUUCACGUGAAUAUCAAUAUUUUAAACGUGAUGCCGAUGAAUUAGAAAUAUGGAUUAAUGAAAAAUUACAAAUAUGUUCACAAGAUGAUAAUUAUCGUGAUACAUCGAAUACUCAAACUAAAAUUCAGAAACAUGAAGCAUUUGAAGAAGAAGUUGCUGCACAUUACAAUGCCGUUGUUCGUCUAGAUGAUGAGGGUGAAGCAAAAAUUCAACGUGGUCAUUUUGCUUCAGAUGCAAUCAAAAAUCGUCUUGAAGAAAUUCAUAAUUUAUGGCAAUUAUUAUUAUCACGUUUAGGAGAAAAAUCCAAUCGGUUAAAAUUAGCAUUGAAAUUAGAGCAAUUUCUACGUGAUUGUGAUGAUUUCAUAUAUUGGAUGCGCGAUAAAGAAACAUUUGUCUUAUCCGAUGAUUUUGGUAAAGAUUUACAAAGUGUUCAAACACUACAACGAAAACAUGACGGUGUUGAACGAGAUUUGGCCGUGUUACAGGAUAAGGUUGAAAAUUUACGAAAAGAAGGUUCAAGAAUUGAAGAAGAUAUACCUGAAGGUUCUAAUCAGAUAAAUAAACGUUUACAAGAUAUGAUGCAAGCAUGGGAUGAUUUAAGAACAAAAUCUGAAGAACGUAAAACAGUCUUAAAUGAAUCAUUUCGUCUUCAUCGUUUUUUAUCUGAAUUUCGUGAUUUAAUGAAUUGGACAUUGGAUAUGGAGGCUCAAUUAACAUCCGAUGAGUUAGCUAAAGAUGUUGGUGGAGCAGAAGCACUUGUUGAACGUCAUUCUGAAUUCAAAGGUGAAAUUGAUGCACGAAAAGAUAGCUUUGAAAAUGUUCAACGUAUUGGUGAAGAAUUAAUUCAACAAGAUCAUUAUGCUAAACAAGAAAUUGAUAAUAAAUUAAACGAAUUAAAUGAUCAAAAAGUCAAACUCGAUUAUUUAUGGACACAACGUUUAAUAUUAUUACAAGAUUGUAUGCAUUUACAACUAUUUCUUCGUGAUAUUGAUCAGGCACUAAUUUGGAUACAUAAACAAGAUCAAUAUUUAAUAUUAAAUGAUAAUGAAACAUGUCAUACAUUAGAUGAUUGUGAAGCAUUAAUUAAGAAAUAUGAUGAUUUUGAAAAAUUACUUGCCGCACAAGAUGAAAAAGGAAAAGCUUUGGAUGAAUUUGGUCGUCAAUUAUUGGAUAAUCAACAUUAUUCAUCUGAUUUAAUUCGUGAAAAAUUAGAUUUAUUAUCUAAAUCACGUGUUUUAUUAUUAGAUAAAAUUAGUGAAAAACGUCGUAUGUUACAAAAUACAUCAAAUUAUUUUACAUUUGAACGUGAUUGUGAUGAAUUAAAAUUAUGGGCAAAAGAAAAAUUAAAAAUGGCAUUAACAAAAGAUUAUAUGGAUACAUUAAAUAUUAAUUUAAAAUGUCAAAAACAUCAACAAUUUUUAAAUGAAUUAGCUGCUUAUCAACCAAAAAUGGAUAGUGUUAUAUUAAAUGGUCAAAAAUUAAUUGAUGAAGAACAUUUUCAAACAGCAAAUAUUAAUCAACAUUUAACAGAAUUAGAAGAUAUUUUAAAUCGAUUAGUUGAAGCAGCAAAUGAAAAAUCUGAUCGUUUAAAAGAAGCUACAGAUGGUCAAACAUUUAUGCGUUCAUUAGAAGAAAUUGAUAUGUGGAUAAAUGAUGUUGAAAAUACAUUAACAAAUGAUGAUUAUGGAAAAGAUAUGACAUCAGUACAAAAUUUACAAAAAAAACAACAAUUGUUAGAAAAUGAAUUUAAUAUUAAAAAGGAAAAAAUAGAUCAAUUAUCAAAAGAUGCUGAACAUUUUCAACAAGUUGGUCAUUUUGAUGCAAAUAAUAUAUUAAAAAAACAAAUACAAUUGGUUAGUCGUUUUCAAUCACUCUUAGAACCAUUACAAAUGAAAAAAAUCAAAUUAAAUGCAUCAUUAGAAUUACAACGUUUAUUGCAUGAUAUUGAAGAUGAAGAAGCAUGGAUUAGAGAAAAAGAACCGUCAAUUAUGUCGACAAAUCGAGGUCGCGAUUUAAUUGGUGUUCAAAAUUUAUGUCGUAAACAUCAAGCACUCGGAUCUGAAAUUCAAAAUCAUGAGGGACGUAUAAGAAAAGUUUGUAAUGAAGGUGAAGAUAUGAUUAAUCAAGGUCAUUUUGCUGCACCUGAAAUUAAAAAACAUACUGUUAAUUUACAAUUUAAAUGGCAAAAUUUAAAAGAAGUAUCUAGUCAACGUAAAAAAGAUUUAGAAGAUUCAUUAUUGGCUCAACAAUAUUUUAGUGAUGCAAAAGAAGUUGAAACAUGGAUUAAAGAAAAAGAACCGUUAGCUCAAUCAUCUGAUUAUGGUCGUGAUGAAGAUAGUUGUGAUGCAUUAUAUAAAAAACAUCAACAAUUAUUUAAUGAUAUUAAAGCAUUUGAACAAACAGAAUUAGUAGAUUUACGUCAAAAAUCUCAAAAAUGUAAUCAACCAGAAAAACCAUUAAUAAGUGAUGAUUUAAUAAUUGGUGGUAGACAAAAAGUAUUAAGUUUAUAUGAUUAUGGUGAAAAAACACCACGUGAAAUAUCAAUGAAAAAAGGUGAUACAUUAAUAUUAUUAAAUUCAUCAAAUAAAGAUUGGUGGAAAGUUGAAUUAAAUGAUCGACAAGGUUUUGUACCCGCUACAUAUUUGAAAAAAAUUGAAAAAGAACCAAUAACAAUGAAUGAACAAGAAAAAUUAGAUGAAUAUACGGUAAAUUCCAGACAACAACAAAUUGAAAAACAAUAUGAUCAUCUAUUACAAAUAUGUCAACACCGUUUAGAUAAAUUAGCUGAAGCAUCUGAUGCUUAUAAAUUAAUGCGUGAAGCAGCUGAUUUAGUUAUAUGGAUUAAUGAUAAAGAACGAAUAGCCACUGAAGAUUCAUUAGGAAAAGGUCCUGAUGAUGUUGAAGAAUUACAACGACGUUUUGAUGAAUUUCAAAAAGAAUUACGUACAAAUGAAUUACGAUUAAUUCGUUUAAAUUCAAUUGCUGAAAAAUUAUUACAAUUGGGACGAACUGAAGCAGCACAAAAAAUACAAAUUGAUAUUGAUAAUUUAAAUCGUAAAUGGCAUGGUUUAAAGAAAAAUGCUGAAGAACGAGAAGCUGCACUAUUAUCUGCCUAUGAAGUUCAACGUUUUAAUCGUGAUGUAGAUGAAGCAAAAGAUUGGAUUGAUGAAAAAGUACAUCAGUUAGAUAUGGAUGAAUUAGGAAAAGAUUUAAGAAGUGUUAAACGUUUACAAAAGAAACAUGAAGCAUAUGAAAGAGAUUUGAACGCUCUGGGAGAUAAAAUUAAAGAAUUAGACGAUUUGACAAAACGUUUGAUUACAGCUCAUCCUGAACAAGCUGAAUUGAUCAUUGAAAAACAACAUGCAAUACAAAAUGAAUGGACAGAUUUAACAACGAAAGCUGAUCAACAUAAAGCAAAAUUAUUGGAUGGUUAUGAUUAUCAAAAGUUUUUAACAGAUUUUCAUGAUUUAGCUGCUGUUAUUAAAUCAAUCAUUCAACAAAUAUCGAGUAAUGAAUUGGCUCGCGAUGUUCCUGGUGCUGAAGCAUUGUUAGAACGUCAUCAUGAACAUCGUAGUGAAAUAGAUGCACGUUCAGGCGCAUUUCAAGCAUUUGAAGAUUUUGGUAAUGAUUUAAUACGUUCAUCUCAUUAUGCUGGUGAUGAUAUUAAAGAAAAAUUACAUGAAAUGGACGAUAUUAGAGAACAAUUAGAAGGAGCAUGGAAAGAACGUCAAGAUAAAUUAGAUGAAUGUUUGGAACUACAAUUAUUCUAUCGUGAUUGUGAUACAGCUGAACAUUGGAUGGAAAGUCGUGAAAAACAAUUGAAAGAUGAAGCGGUUGAAGUUGUUGAAGCAGCUAUUAAACGUCAUGAAGAUUUUGAUAAAGCUAUUAAAGCUCAAGAAGAUAAAAUCAAUAAUUUGAAACAAUUUGCUAAUCAGUUGGUAUCUCAUGGACAUUAUGAACGCGAUGGUAUUAAUGAACGUUUAAAUAGUGUACUAGAUCGAUGGUCACGUUUAAGAUUAGCCAUGUUGGAUUAUCGUUCACGUUUGGGUGAAUCACAAACAUUACAAGAUUUUUCGCGUGAUGCUGAAGAAAUUGAAGCAUGGAUUGCCGAUAAAUUAGCAGCUGCUUCCGAUGAACCAGUAAAAGAAACACAAAACUUACAGGCUAAAAAAUUACAAGUAAGCAUAAGAUGUGUUCAAAAACAUCAAGCAUUUGUGGCAGAAUUGGCAGCUAAUACCGAUCGUAUCCAGUCAAUCAUUGGCAUGGGACGAGGUCUUAUUGAUUCUCGAAAAUGUGCCGGUUUGGAAGGAACAGUUGAUAAUCGUUUAUCCCAAAUAAUUGAACAAUGGGAAUUUCUUGUUAAUAAAUCAUCAGAUAAAAGUUUAAAAUUAAAAGAAGCAUCAAGACAACAAACAUAUAAUGCUGGUGUUAAAGAUGUUGAAUUUUGGCUUGGAGAAAUUGAAAAUCAACUUGCUAAUGAAGAUGUAGGCAGAGAUUUAGCAUCUGUACAAAACAUGUUAAAAAAACAACAAUUAUUAGAAACGGAUAUUGCCAAUCACGAAACUGUUAUUCGAGAAUUAAAUACAACUGCUGAUGAAUUUGUUGAAAACAACAUGUUUGAUGUCGAAAAUAUUAAAGAAACACGUAAUACAAUCAAUGAUCGAUUUCAAAAAGUUCGUGCUCAUGCCGAUGGACGUCGUCAACGCUUACAAGAAGCAAGCACUGUACAUCAGUUUAUUCGUGAUUUAGAAGAUGAAGAAGCACAAAUACGUGAAAAGAAACUUCUGGUCGCUAGUGAUGAUUAUGGACGUGAUAUAACCGGUGCACAAAAUCUUCGUCGUAAACAUAAACGAUUCGAAGUUGAUCUUGGCACUCAUGAACAAAACGUUCAAAAUGUUCAACAAUUGGGUAAUCGAUUAACUCAAGAAGUAGGAAAUCCGGAUAUUGAACGAAAAUGUAAAGAAUUAGCGAAUAAUUGGGAAGCAUUAAAAGAAUUAGCUGAUGACAGAACACGAAAAUUAGAAGAUUCUCUCACAUACCAUAAUUGGGCAUCGACAUUAGAUGAAGAAAAUGCUUGGAUUAAAGAACGUCUUCAUAUGAUGAAUCAUCCAGAUAUUGGAAAUACAUUAGCAACUGUGCAGGGUUUACAAAAGAAACAUGAUGCAUUUGAAUCCGAUUAUUCUGUACAUAAAGAACGUUGUGCAGAAAUACUUCAACAAGGACAAAAAUUAGUUGAUCAAAAUAAUCAUUUAUCACCUCAAGUAAAUGAUCGUAUGAAAAAUUUACAUGAUGCAUUAAAAAAACUUGAAAAUGAUUCUAUUCGACGUAAACAACGUUUACAAGAAAAUACGGCAUUAUUACAAUUUAUAUGGAAAGCAGAUGUAGUCGAAAGUUGGAUAUUUGAAAAACUUCAUCAAUUACGAACAGAUGAUCUUGGCCAUAAUUUAUUAUCGGUACAAAAUUUGUUAACAAGACAUGAAACAUUUGAAGCUGGUUUACAAAAUUUUGAACAUGAAGGAAUACGAACAAUAAAAGAAUUGAAAGAUGAAUUAAUACAAAAUAAUAUUGGUGGUAUUGAACAAAAUGAAAAAAUAAAAGCAAGAUACACACAAGUCAUUGAGAAUUGGGAAAAAUUGCUUCAGAUGAGCACAUUACGUCGUGAUAAAUUGAAAAAAGCAGAACAACGUUUUCGUCAUAUUGAAGAAUUAUUUUUACGUUUUGCUAAGAAAGCUUCUGCUUUCAAUUCAUGGUUUGAAAAUGCGGAAGAAGAUUUAACAGAUCCGGUUAAAUGUAAUUCGUUAGAAGAAAUUCGUGCAUUAAUUGAAGCUCAUGAUAAAUUUAAAACCGUAUUAGAAGAAGCUCGAUAUGAUUUUGAUGAAUUGAAAGCAUCGGAUGAUAGUAUCAAAUCAUUAAAUAUGGGACCAAAUCCUUAUACAUGGUUUACAAUGGAAACAUUGUUUGACACAUGGAAAAGUCUUGAAAAAUUAAUACGUGAUCGUGAUCAAGAUUUACAAACGGAAAGAAAACGUCAAGAAGAAAACGAUAAACUUCGACAGCAUUUUGCUGAAUAUGCAAAUGCAUUUCAUACAUGGUUGAGAGGCAUAGAAACAUCAAUGAUGAAUGCCGAUGGAAAUCUUGAACAACAACUCCAAACAAUCAAACAAAAAGUUGAUGAAUUACGUCAACAACGUCAAAAAUUGAAAAAACUUGAAGAUUUAGCUACAGAAUUAGAAAGACGUCUCAUUCUUGACAAUAGAUAUACCGAAUAUUCGGCAUUAAAUUUAGCUCAAGCAUAUGAUCAACUAGAUCAAUUGGGUAUGCGUAUGCAACAUAAUUUAGAUCAACAGUUACAAGCAAUGAGACACAGUGGUGUAUCGGAAGAUCAAUUAAAAGAGUUUUCAAUGAUGUUUAAACAUUUUGACAAAGAUAAAUCAGGACGUUUAAAUCAUCAAGAUUUUAAAUCAUGUUUAAGAGCAUUAGGUUAUGAUUUGCCAACGGUUGAAGAAGGACAACGUGAUGAUCAAUUUGAAACACUUUUAGAUUUAGUUGAUCCAAAUAGAGUUGGCUAUGUUGGAUUACCAGAAUACAUGUCGUUUAUGAUUAGCCGUGAAACAGAAAAUGUUUCAUCAACAGACGAUGUUGUCACAGCAUUCAGAAGUUUAACAGAAAAUUCUGAACGACCGUAUAUAACAAGAGACGAACUUUAUGCGAAUCUUCCAUCAGAACAAGCUGAUUUUUGUUGUCGUAAAAUGAAACCGUAUCGGGAUCGUACUGGUCGUGAAAUUAAUCAAGCAUAUGAUUACGAUGAUUUUACUAGAUGGCUAUUUAAUCAACAGCCUGGCUAUCAUUAUUCAAGUACGACCACGUCACCGUCCACGUCCUGGUUACAGACAUCAACUCAGUUAUCUGCACAUUAG